CGCAGGCGCGGAGUCCAGUCCCUCUGGGCCACAGCCGGUGGCCGGCUCGCCGUGGGCCCGUACGCGGCCCUCACGCCCGGUUCCCCCCACCCUCUCUCUCUGCGGAGACUGGAGGACGGACCCCACCAAGCCGUGGUGGCAGGAUGGCGCAGACCGCCAUGUCCGAGACUUACGAUUUCUUGUUUAAAUUCUUGGUCAUCGGAAAUGCGGGAACUGGCAAAUCUUGUUUGCUUCAUCAGUUCAUUGAAAAAAAAUUCAAAGAUGACUCAAAUCACACCAUAGGAGUGGAAUUCGGCUCAAAGAUAAUAAACGUCGGUGGUAAAUAUGUAAAGUUACAGAUAUGGGACACGGCUGGACAGGAGCGAUUCAGGUCUGUGACCAGGAGCUACUACAGAGGAGCUGCUGGGGCCCUCCUCGUCUACGACAUCACCAGCCGAGAAACCUACAAUGCGCUUACUAAUUGGUUGACAGAUGCCAGGCUGCUGGCGAGUCAGAGCAUUGUCAUCAUCCUCUGCGGGAACAAGAAGGACCUGGACGCCGACCGCGAAGUCACCUUCCUCGAAGCCUCCAGGUUCGCACAGGAGAAUGAGCUCAUGUUCCUGGAAACAAGCGCGCUGACUGGUGAGAAUGUUGAAGAGGCUUUCAUGCAGUGUGCGAGGAAAAUACUUAACAAAAUUGAAUCAGGUGAACUGGACCCAGAGAGAAUGGGCUCUGGCAUCCAGUAUGGAGACGCCGCCCUGAGGCAGCUUCGCUCACCACGGCGUACACAGGCCCCGAGUGCACAGGAGUGUGGCUGCUGAGCACCCCGGCGACAAGGUUCGGCGGUGGUCACUAGAGCACAGCUGCCCGAGCCUGAGGUUUCACCAUCUUUUCUACCAUGCACAGACCUCCACGGGAAACGGCAGCGCACACUGGCACAGGGGGCGCGGCGGCCGUGCUGCAAACCCACUCAGCGGAAAACACCUUUAGACGCCACACGUAUGCGAAGAUCCCCUGCCCACAUCUACUCCUUCCUGUUCCGCCAGAUCAAGCUUGUGCCACACACAACCCGGCACGUUCCCACAGCCAGCGUCACGCGACAGAACCCCGCACCCAAGACGCUUUUUUUUUUUAACUCCUAGAACUGCAGCUUGUGACUAUGAGCAUGGUUUCUCGUUGGCUUGGUUUCACGAACGACUCGGUACGAAAGGACUGGCUUCCGGCCAGUGGCGUUUCUGAGUUGACCCCUCCUACCCUUUUUACACUGUUUCUGUGAUCCACACCUGAAAUGCUAAACCUCCGGGACUCACUAACGUCUGGAAAUAAAGUGGAACCGAGUGUCUGGCGCA